UCACUUGCUCGCGAGGCAGCAGUGACAUCAGAGCGAGGGCUGGACCAACAUGGCGGCUGUUAUGAGGCUUGUCAACAGAGGUUCAGCAAUGGGUCAGCAGUACCUGGCGUUCAGCUCCGCAGCAAAGGUCCGAGCAGCUUGCGUAAGAGAUGGCCCAGCUCUUCCUGAGAAGGUGAAAAUAGUGGAGGUGGGACCCAGAGAUGGUCUUCAGAAUGAGAAGACGAUCGUGCCAGCGGAGACGAAAAUCCAUUUGAUUGACUUGUUGUCAGAGUCCGGGCUGACGGUCAUCGAGGCCACCAGCUUUGUGUCUCCGAAAUGGGUUCCACAGAUGGCAGACCAGGUGGAGGUGAUGAAGGGGAUCUGUAGAAAACCUGGAGUGUCUUAUCCUGUCCUUGCCCCCAACCUCAAGGGUUUCCAGGCUGCUGUGAAGGCAGGAGCUUCAGAGGUAGCCAUAUUUGGCGCUGCGUCUGAGCUUUUCAGUAAGAAGAACAUAAACUGCUCCGUGGACGAGAGUUUACAGCGCUUUGACGAGGUUAUGAGAGCAGCUAAAGAGGCCGGUGUGCCAGUUAGAGGAUACGUGUCGUGUGUUCUGGGAUGCCCGUACGAAGGCAAGGUGGCACCUGAAAAAGUUGCACAUGUGGCGAAGCGUCUGUACUCAAUGGGCUGCUAUGAGAUCUCCCUAGGUGACACCAUUGGAGUGGGGACUCCAGGUAGCAUGACUCAAAUGUUAGAGGCAGUGAGCAGAGAGGUGCCAGUCAGUGCGCUGGCAGUGCACUGCCACGAUACCUAUGGCCAGGCCCUGGCUAACAUCCUUGUAGCCUUACAGAUGGGAAUCAGUGUGGUAGACUCGUCAGUAGCUGGACUGGGCGGCUGUCCCUACGCCCAGGGGGCUUCCGGGAAUGUUGCUACAGAAGAUGUAGUCUAUAUGUUGCAUGGACUUGGGAUUCAAACAGGAGUGGACCUCUCAAAGCUGAUGACUGCUGGAGCUUUCAUCUGUCGAAGCCUCAACAGAAAGACCAACUCCAAAGUGGCACAGGCCACCUGCAAACUGUAGACAGAAGCCAAACCGCGGGCUCUUCCACAAACUGUACACUACAGCGUAACCAUGUAACCUGGAGCCAUCAUCCUCUGUGUUAGGUUCUCCCCAAGUUAGGUUUGGUUUGGUUUGUCAUCUACUGGUAUGAGAAAAUUAUUUUAAUAUUUGGAUGGUACUGACCCCACUCUGUCUUAAAAAAUAAAAUAUCUGAUUAGAUAUUCACUACAUGAUAGCAUAGCUGGAACAGUGCCUUAUGUAAAGUCAGUCAAAUCAUAAAAAAUCAACCUGUCAAAGGCCAUGCCUUUUUAUUUUCUUUGGUAAUGUUUAUAGUGUGCUUACUUUACUGGCAGUGGGUAAGCCAAAGUGAACCACAGCUUUUAAUUAUACUGUAAUAAAUAAUCAACCAGUAAAAAUGUACCAAGGAUUGAUAAACUUAAUGUCAGAAAAGACACAAGUGUUGUUUGGAUUUUUGAUCAUCCCCAGUAUGCUGCGAUCACUGUCUGCAAAUUAAUUUUUUAUUAAUUAAGAUUAUCAGGGAGCAUCUGUGGAAACCAUCAAUCCUUAUGAAUUUGGGCAUUGUGCUGGUUUGUGAAAAAAUGUGAAUGUGCUGUAUUCCACUGAUUUUAAAAAAUGUUUUUUUUCUUCUCUUUUUUUACAUAUGUAGUAUUCCUAAUAUGUUAAAGUAUUCACUUUAAAGUGCUUGUACAUAUACAACCAGAUUGUGGGUUUUAAAAAUAAACACUAUUU